UCCCGCGAUACCUGCCCCCUCGGGGACUUCUUAAGAGAACUCUGAGGGUAACAAGGAGAGAAAGCAACAGACUCCUUUCCUUAAGUAGCUUCUUCCUGUGUCCUUAUGCUAUCUGAGCUUACUGAAAUCUGCUCCCACCAAGAAGAUAAAUCCACCUGCAGAGAUCAGAAGACAACAGUCUGCUUGUUGGACAGUGAAUCCUACUUCACCCUGGAGGAGGAAAGAACUGAUCCUCUUCCUUCCCAGGUGCCAGUACACUGUGACUGGGAGUCCUCCUAUGUGGAUCCUGGCAGGUCCCCAAAUUGGCUUCGGAUACGAACCCUCCUGCAGCAGCUACCUCCACAAGACAGUGAUGAACGGUACUGUUCAACUCUUGGGGAAGAAGAGAGAGUUCAGCUUCGACUGUUCAGUGCCCAUCGGAGACAGCAGGCCCUGGGUCAGGGGGUCAUCCGAUUGGUGCCUCCUAGGUUUGAAGGGCAUAUGUGUGAGAAGUGUGGUACAAAUCUGAGACCAGGUGAGCCUGGGGUAUUUGCAGCUAGGGCAGGAGAGAGUAGUUGCUGGCAUCCUGGCUGCUUUACCUGUCAGGCCUGUAGCCAGGCCCUACUCGACCUGAUCUAUUUCUACCAUAAAGGGCACCUGUAUUGUGGCAGGCAUCAUGCGGAACUGCUCAGACCUCGCUGUCCUGCCUGUGACCAACUCAUCUUCUCUGGCCGAUGCACAGAAGCUGCAGGGAGGCGCUGGCACGAAGAUCAUUUCUGCUGCUUGGAUUGUACAAGACCCCUUAACUCUGGGCAGUAUGCCCUGCCUGGCAGUGGUCCCUGCUGCCCCAGAUGCUUUGAAAGCCGCCUUGACUCUGAUGCAGACCCUAGACAGCCUGAAGGAGAGACCCUUGCCUCCCAGAGCAAUGAUCCUACUGAUGUUUCCUCAAGUUCCUGCCAUGAAAACAGCAUGGAGCAGCCUAGAGACAGCCCUGAGCAAGAUAGGAUUCCCCAGAGUUUUCUAAACAGUGCUGGAAUCCUUGAGAAAGCCUCUACAGGAAGAAGACUGAGUCAUUCUUUGAGGACCUCACAUCCAGGAGAAGAUGGACCCUGUCUGACUUGCUCUUCUUCUUCAGACUCUGAACCUGAUGGUUUUUUUCUUGGACAACCUCUUCCUCAGCCCAGGAUUGGGGGCCCCACUGCUCCUGGUAGUCUCCACCUUCAUCAAGGAGGCAGAGCUCUAGGAAGACAGUGUAGGGUCUGCUAGGAUUCUUCCCUUGUCACCCCCACUCCCUCCUUCAGGUGCAGGUGCUCAGAAGUGUGAACCAGAGCCUAAGUCCCAGACAGGAGACCUCCCACCCUCAUCCCCCAUCUCCACUCCCCUAGCAAUACAGCCUGGAGUCCUCAGUAUAGGAGAUUGCAACAGCCAAGAAACUUUCAGUAAUGGGCAGGGGUUCAGGCCCUUGAGGUCUUUGGGGUGGGAAUGAGUGAGUAUGAUUCUGCUGUGAGGUGAAGGCACCUGUCCUCCGGAGUAGCAUAACCUUUUCUGGGUCUUCAAAUAAGUCCAGCCCUUUGGGGCUAUUCCAGUUCUGUUUGCCAGGUCAGCUAUUGCUCCAAGUAUAGUACUAGCCUUGCAUUGACAGCUGUCCUCAGAUCAACCAUGUCUUCAGUCAAAGAUCACACAGUUCUCAGAUCUCGGGUCAGUCAGUCAACAAGCAUUUAUCAACCUUGAAUGUACAAAUGCUUGUUGACUGACUGGCGUACAGGCACGAUGGUGUAAAGGAAAUGAGCCAUGGGACAAAUUUACUCCUCUUUCGUUAUUUCCCCUAUAUUUGUGUUGGCCUGCAUGAUUCAUAUUUUAGGUCCCUUUCCCACCCUUCGGUUCUAUGCAUUCACAAGCCUGCCCAGACCGUCGGACUUAAUAAAGUGACCUUCCAGAGACUACGUGCGUGGGUGACUCGCUGGGGAAGGUGACCCAUUUCACCCAGAGCUCGAAGAGUCCAGCCCUCCCAAUCAUGUGUCCUGCCCCUAGCACACGCUUGCCCCCUGCCGGCCUAGCGCUGC